AUGAACCGACCCCUGACAUCACCGGGAACAACAACAGCGGACAGAAGACAACACAAUGGCCAAACAGUGUUCAUCUCUGGUGGUCCCAUAAUGGCGGAGAAUCAUCCGACCAGGGAAUUGGCUCAGUAUAAUAUUCCGGUCUGGCCGUCAGCAAUUAUUCAAGUGACACUUCUAUUGCCUUACGCGUUUCCCAACUUCCCCUCACUGCUCUCCAACAUGGCACAUAAGACCAUCCUCUCCGUCAAUGCUGGGUCUUCCUCCGUCAAGAUCACUUUUUAUACCCUCGAGAAUCCCCCGAAAGCCAUUGUAAAUGCACAGAUUUCCGGCAUCACCGCUCCUCCGCUGAAACUGAAGUAUACUCGGGGCUCAGAGGAGCACAAGGAGGAGGUGAAAGACCGCCUGUCGACCCCUCAAGAUGCAUUUAAAUUCCUCCUGCAACGCUGCUUCUCUGAUCCUGAGUUAUCAGAAGUCACCAGUCCAGAGGAUCUAGCAUACAUCUGCCAUCGUGUCGUCCACGGGGGCGACUACAAUGAAUCAGUGGUAAUAACGAAUGACACUUACCACCGGCUAGAAGAGCUCGAGAAUCUAGCUCCUUUACACAAUUAUUCUGCCCUGGAGAUCAUUCGCACUUGCAAGCAGGAAAUUCCCAACGUCAAAAGCGUCACGUUCUUUGACUCUGCCUUCCACCAGACGAUGCCUGAACAUGUGAAGACUUAUCCUAUCGACCAGGGGAUUGCCAAGGCAAAUGGUCUCCGUAAAUACGGGUUUCAUGGAAUCAGUUAUUCCUUCAUCCUGCGGUCUGUCGCGGAAUUUCUCAAAAAGCCAGUCGAGGAGACCAAUAUCAUUGCCAUGCAUCUCGGAAGUGGCGCCUCGAUGUGUGCGAUCAGGAAUGGCAAAUCAGUAGACACGACCUGGAAAUCUAAGCCCCGCGAGCACAAAAGAGAUGCAUAUCAGCAGGGUGGGUCAUUCCUCUCUCAGCCAUCACGGACGAAGCUUAUGUUGAUCGCUAUCCAGGCAGAGGAGAUCCUUAACAAGCAAUCCGGAUGGAAGGCAUUGACAGGAACAACCGACUUCUCCAAGAUCGCUGUUGAGAACCCCCCAUCCCACGCCCACAAGCUUGCUUUCGAUAUCGUCGUGGAUCGCAUCCUUGGGUUUGUUGGAAACUACUUCGUCAAAUUGGACGGCCAAGUAGACGCGAUUGUCUUUGCUGGCGGGAUCGGCGAGAAGAGCGCUCUUCUGCGCAAAGUACUUGUUGAGAAGGCUCGGUGUCUACGAGUGGCCGUGGAUACUGCGGCAAAUGAGACGGGGCCAGCGGAGGACCAAACGGUCCUGGAUAUCUCGAAGGAGGCCGGGAAAGGACCCCGGGUGCUUGUCUGUAAGCCGUCGUCCCUUGACCUCAUGUUUGAAUGA